AACCGUUCUAACUUCCCUACUCUCGAUGAAAAUAAUAGAAUCGCCUCUCUCAUAGGCUGCUGUUUUGGGAUGUAGACGCUAGUUGUAUUGUUCAUAAACAUUGAACACAACGUUCUUAAUCCAAGUCCAUUGUUAGAAUUGGUCGAAAAGGUUGUGAGGAAGAUGACCUACGUAGUCCUUUUCAAAACAGAAGCAGGUGGCACUAGUCGUGAUGAUUAUGUAGAAAUUCUUCAGAAAUCCGGCAUCGUAGCUAAAGUAAUUUCGCCUCUGACUUUUGCAUUUAUAAAUGAAGAAAAGUUAGGAAUAUCCCUUAAAAACCCUAAAGAUUUCAGUGGCAUCAUUUUUACUAGCAAGAGAGCGGUAGAAGCUGUUUCUGGAGUGUUAAAAAAAUGUGAUAAAAGUAUUAUAUCUGAAUGGAAAUAUAAGACUAAUUUUGCCGUUGGUGAAUCAACAUCUGAUCUAGCUCGAACUGUACUGGACCUCCAUACUGUAGGUAAAGAUUGUGGCAGUAGUGAAAAACUUUGUAGUCUUAUUAAAUCAAACUAUGUGCCAUUAGAGAAGCCACUGCUCUUUCCUUGUAGUAAUAAAAGACAAGACACAAUACCUGAAAUUUUGCCGAGUUGUGGUGUGCAUGUUGAAGAAGUUAUUUGUUAUGAAACUGUUUCUAAUCCAAACAUGAGAGAUUUGUGGGAAAAUUUGUUGUCAGAUAAGGGUUUGCCAGAAUUAUUAGUUUUUUUUAGUCCUUCAGGGGUGGAAUUUAGUUACAAAAUGAUCAAAUCUUCUUACGCAGGUGAUUUUAAGCAGCUGAAGUGUAUAGCAGUUGGUCCAACUACUGAAAAAACUUUAUCUGAUUUAAGCAUGCCUGUUCUGAAGACUGCUCAAAGACCAAGUCCAGGAGCUGUAUGUAUUGCUGUAAAGAGUGUGCUUCUAGAGAAAUAAGAAUUUUGUUCAAAAAAAUAUAUAUUUUUUAUUAUUCAAUCUUAAAAAGGGUAUAUUUUUGAAUAAAUUUGUUUUAUAUA